AGGUAAGAGGUACCCACAAGGUACAAGGGAACUGCACACCGGCUAACACUUGGCUGUCUCCACGAUGGCGGAAAGCAGGUCGGCGCCCACCGAGGCGACUGCAACGACAAUGGUCGUCCUGGCUCAGCUAAAAGGCCCAAGCACAUACUUGGGACUGACAACGUCGACAUCGAGGACUGGCUACCACUGUAUGAGCGUGCAACUCGACGACUCCAUAACACUCACUAAACGUGAGUUUCUCGCUCGGCUACGGCGCUAUGCUGCGGGCUUGCAACAACACGGUGUCCAGCGGGGUGAUCGCAUCUGCGUGCACGUCGGCAACAGCGUGGACAAUUUCGUGGCCAUGUGCAGUUGCGUCGUGGCUGGAGCAAGCAUCGUCCUGGCCAAGCCAUCACUCAACGAGAGAGAACUACGGUACCAGAUAAAGGACAGCAACAGCACACACCUUCUUGUGGAGCCAACCCUCGCAGCAAAGGCCUUGAGGGCGUCAUCGGAACUUGGACUGAAGGGUCUGUUCUCCACGAGGUCUGCGGAUGGAUUUGUGUCGAUGGCUCCAUUUGCCGACUUGGAUGAAAGUUCGUUCCGAGAAGUGCCCGUUGGGGACCCGCGGGAGUGCCUGUUUGCCAUCAUCUACACGUCAGGAAGCACGGGUCUACCCAAAGGCGUUCAGCUUACUCACUGUGGUUUCCUGGCCAACAUUGGAAUGUCACGGUGGAGCUUUCCAUGGGAUGAGUCCGAUGUUGUCCUGCUGCCGACUCCGAUAACACACGGAAGCGGCCUGCUUGCCAUCACCAUCAGCGUGCUCUUGGGUACAACAUGCGUCAUUGUCCCACCUAACUCGAGGCUUGAGGAUGUGGCUAAGGCUGUGGAGCAGUACAAGGUGACUGCCGCCAUGCUGCUGCCCUGGCACCUGCAGACCCUCGUGCGCGAAAUGCGGCGCACAGGCCAACGGCUCGGGGGACUACGACGCGUGUGCACCGGUGGCGCGCAACUCUCUCCGUCUCAGUACAAGGCAGUACACGAGGCCUUCGGCGAGGGAUUUCAAGUGCUGGCCAACGUGUACGCCAUGACCGAGGCCACCACGGUGCUCUGUUCUCCUUCCCGAGAGCACGCAACUGGCUUGGACAUGGGCUUCCCGGCGCCUGCAACAAAAUUCAAGGUGGUCGACAGGUUGACGGGGGAAAAACUGGGCCCCUACCAAACGGGCGAGCUCUGCUACAAAACGCCGACGGUGAUGAAAGGCUACUACAAACGACCCAAGGAGACGGCCGAGUUCUUCGACGCGGAAGGCUGGUGCAGAUCAGGCGACGCAGGCUACUACGACGAGGACGGACGUAUCUACUUCGUUCAGCGCUUCAAAGAGAUGAUCAAGUGCAUGGACAACCAAGUGGUUCCUGCCGAGCUCGAAGAACUGUUGCUGCGAGAGCACUCGGGGGACAUCAUUGACGUCUGCAUCGUCGGCGUACCGAACCAGGACUACGGAGAAGCACCGGCCGCCGCUGUCCAGGCACGAUGCGCAGAUGGCACAAAGGACCUUUCCGAAUUGUCCAGGCGGAUAAAGAAAACAAUCUCCGAAAACUGCGCAAUGCACAAACACCUGUAUGGCGGCGUCUUCUACGUGGACUCCAUUCCAAAAACCGAGUCGGGCAAAACAAACCGCCCUGCUCUCCUCCAGAAAUGUUGCAUAUAAUAAAGUACUUUGCCAGCCACA